ACACGACAUGCUUUCUUCCACUCGCAGUUGAGGUGCUUCUUUCGCUCUCUUAAUCGCCACCUCCUCUGGAUCGGAUCUCGGAAGGCCUCCGGAGGACGCCGAUGUCAUCAGCGGCGGCUCCCGAAUGAGUCACAUCUGCAAGGAUUCCCCGAUCUCCGCGAGGAGUGUCCCGGCGGCGUCGUUGCUGCUCCGGCCGGAGAGGAGAUACGCCAGCGGAGGGCAGCGGCUUGGUGAUAGAUCUCUUCUCACGGGCCGCAUCGCUUGCCCUCCGAUCGGGUCUGUUCUCGAAUCCGACGGCCAGGAAGGACCCGAAUCGAAUGAAUCUGUUGGGAAAGCCAAGAUUAAUUGGAGCGGCAUGGACGGUUUGCUCGAUGCUGACUUCGGGAAGCACGAUUAUGAUUGGCUUCUAACUCCCCCUGCAACUCCACAUGCUGCUUCCUUGGUUUCUAUUGAGAAACAAUUACCUGCUGCUGCACCUAAGCAUAGUUCUACUGUUAGAUCAUCCUCAACUGCAAGAGCAUCUAGGCUUUCUGCAUCUCAAACAGAGAUUGGCCAUUCUGCAAGACCUGCCAGAAGUAGUUCGGUCACUCUUGCUUCUCUCUCAUCUUGCUAUAUAUCUGAUCAUAACAAAACCUUGGUCCUUAAUACAAACUCUAUCUCAGUCACCUCAAUACCAUCAACCCCAAUCAAACGGCCAGUAACCCCUUCUACUGCAAAGACAUUGAUACCAGUCUCUUAUCCAUUGCAAACACGUUCAUUCACUCUUGUCAAAACUCGAUCAACCUCUGGCCCUCCAUGUAUUAAACCUGAACCAUCACAUAAUUCUAGGCCUGCAACUCCAACUUCUAGAUCUCAAUUCUCUACUAGUGCAAACUCAAACUCUAGUUUGGUGGCAGCCCAUUCAAUUUCCCGACCAUCAACGGCCACUUGCCUGCCAAUUUCUCGGGCAACAACAUCGGCCUCGACAGUACGGCGCUCUCCAUCUGUUGGGCGGCUUUCAGCUAGUAAUGGUCGAAUUCCACAUUCGGCAUCUUCUUCCUGUCCCAGCUCCCCAAAUCGACAGCCUCAAGUUCCAAAAGGUUCAGCAGCAUUUUCUUCUCGUCCCGUCUCCCCAAAUCCAUGGUCUCGGGCUCCAGUUUCUUCAGCAUCUUCUUCUCGUCCCAGCUCCCCCCGACCUCGGGCUCCAGUGCAGCCAAUUGAUCUUCCAGAUUUUCCUAUUGAUGUGCCACCAAAUCUUACAACAAAUUUGCCUGAACGUUCUCUAUCUGCCAGCAGGGCACGACCAGGAAUGGCACUUGCUGUCCGGGCAAAUUCAAAUUCUGAAGCAGUGGUUCCUUCCAGUUCAAAACGAAAAAUUUCUGUACCAUUUGAAUCUCGAAGCAAGUUCCCAGAAAAUACACCAAAAGCUCCUCUACACAGCAACACACUUCACUCCAAUUCACCUGAGGACCAAAAGCCUAUGGGAUCUGAAGCUGGACCUUGCAGGACUCCUAAACUGGCUUCUGCUACAGAGAGCACUGGAUUUGGAAGAACAAUUUCAAAGUCAUCACUUGACAUGGCUAUUAAGCAUAUGGACAUCCGCCAGAAGAGCUUUGGAGGCAUUCGGGGUGCAUCAGUUUUUCCUCAUAGUAUUCAAUCUACGAUGUCCAGUGGCCGAACUGUUGGAGCAUCAAAGACGACUGUUCCUGUCACUAAUGAUGGAAUUCUUGUUGAAAAUGGUGGUCAUAAGGAAACAUCUGGGGCCUUCAACGGAGCAGCAUCGUGCAACAUGAACACUGGUUCCAGAUCUUCAGAUUGGGAAAACCUCAUGACAAGGGAGAGAAUGGAUGAUGCAGAUCUACAUGGUAGCCACAAGUAUGACGUGAUCUUGAUGAAAGAGGACUUGAAGAACACAAGCUGGCUUCUUGGUGCUGACGAUAAAUCUGACCAGGGCUCGGUGUUUGAUCACCGAUUUGAGCCUCCGCCUGAACUCUUUGAUCCCCUAUAGCAAGUUUGUUCUUGUUAUCUGUGCAUGUUACUUUUUCAUUCGUAAUAGUCUGUUUUGUUGAUUUGUGAUUGGUGUUCUCUCAAAGGCCUGUUUUUGCUUACAACAAGAGGAUGCUGAUGUUGAUAUAUUUUUUAUCCAAUUGAUAUGAAUAGACCACAAUUCUUGAUCCA